AUGACAAUUGAAUUAAAAAAUGGAUUAAAUUUUCGUCUCAGAAGUAAAAAGAGUUUAAAAAAUAGAGAUGGAACCAAUGAUUGGUUUUUAGGAGUUUAUGAUGGAGAAUUGGUAUCAAAUGGUGGUAAUAAAAAUGAUAAUACAAUUUGGGUAUUAAAUUUAAGCAAUUCCACAACUGGUUCAAGUUUUAUUACAUCAAAAGAUAGUAAAUAUUGUUUGGGUAUUGAUGAAGGAUUAAAUAUGAUUAGUGAUGCUGAUAAAAAUGGUAAUGGUUUAUUUAUUUUCGAUUGGCAACCAAAUGGUAGAGUUUGUAUUCAAUCAGUUUUAUAUGCAAAUAAAAAAAAUAGAACAGGUAAGUUUGGUCCUCAUUUAGGUAUUGAUCCAAACGGUGGCUUAAUUGGUAAUGCUGGUACUGGGGAAUGGGGUCAAUUCGAUAUUAUAUUGGUGGAUGAAAAAGAAAGUGGUAGUCCAUCAAAUCAUGGUGCCUCAACUGUAUCAUCAAACAAUAACAAUAAUAAAAAUGAUAGCAUUAAUAAUAAUAAAAGUGCUAUCCCAAAUUCAAAUCCAUCAAUAAAACUUUUAACAGAUUUUACUAAACAUCGUGAAUUAUGGGGUGAAAGAUUUUAUAUUGAACAAAAAUUUACAAAAUCAGUAAAAGCAAGAUUAGCAACAAUGAUUAGAAUUCCAAAUUUACAUGUAAAGAAAUGGAGUGUAGUUGUAAGUGCUCCACCCACACCAUUACAAACUCAAAUGAUCAAGAGUGCCAAAUUAACCAUUACUGAUAAUACUGGCAAUAACGAAAUUUCUAAAGGUUCAAUGGUCAAAGCUAAACAUCACUUUAUCCUUAAAGCAGUUGCUAGAGGUAUUCCAAAACAACAUAAAAUUCAUGCAUAUUAUGAUAUCGAAGCAGAUCUCUAUAGUAUUUCACUUAAAAAAAUUUCAAAUGAUACUACUUUUAUGCCAAUGGUUCAACCUUUAUCUCAAGAGGAAAGAUUAUAUUAUUUACAAACUACCAACUUUAUUAAUUACAAUACUCCACAAUUUCAACAAUGGGUACAAUCUAAUCAACUACAUCCAAUUCUUUUGAAUGAUGGUAGUGUUGAAUCUUUACUGUGCUAUUGCUAUCGUGUUUUCCUUUUCAUUAAACUUAACUUUGAAUAUGUUUUUGCAAAAGAUGUUGUUGGUGGUAGUAGAAAAGCUACUGAUACAAUUCAGCAUAGAAAAACUGAUUGCGGUGGUUUUGCAAUUCUCUAUAGUUCCAUUUUAAGAAUGCAUGGUAUUCCAACACGUAUUUUAAUUGGUAGAUGGGCAUUAUCAGGUACCGCCGAAAAACAAAAAGUUCAUGUAGUUGGGGAAUUUUAUGCUGAUGGUUUGGGAUGGUGUCCUUUCGAUCCAGCAUGUGCCAUUACUGGUGAUAAAACUGAACCAUUUACAAAGUUUUUUGCUAAAAAUUCAGGUGAGUUUAUUACUAUGCAUAUUGAACAUGGUAUACAUGGUAUUGAUAAUUCAAUUGACGAUAAACAUCAAACUAUUGAAUUUUUACAAAGUACUGCUUUUUGGGUAGAAGGUGAUGGUAAUUUUAAUGGUCAAAUAGUUGAAAAUCUUUGGACUGUAGAAAAAGUUGAAAAAUAA